CCUACCUCUCAUUCUUACUUUGAACGAUGCACAUAGGACACAAUUGACCUGACGACAUCGACAUUGACAACAUCAUUUCCACCCGUCUCCUCGCGAUUGGCUGAUAUUUCAGGGUCCAACAUAGUGCUGAACAUUGCCAGCACACACUUUGACAAAGUCGGGAUAGAGAUCCAGCGAACCGAUAAGAUUAUCCAGCUGUUCAGUACAAGCCGCGCUUAGCCGUCGACGCCCACAGCUAUCUCUCACCACCACCAUGUCCUCCUGGAAGUUGGGCUCGAAGAAGUCCAAGGAUAGCAGGGAAAACGGUGUCGUAUCUCGCUCCGUAACGCCUAUACCGUCGCGCGCGGUGACCCCUAAACCGCCUGAUGCCUCCGAGAACAACCUUCGCCAGGGUCUCCUCACUAUCCGCAUAUUCUCUGGCCGUGGCCUGUCGUUGCCGUCCGGCGUACCCGUCCCCGAUAUCAUCCAGAAGGCCAUCGGCAAUGCACCUCCGGCGCGCGCUGGUCAACGCGAGAGCCUGCAGAGGCGGCGUUACUGGUGGUUACCCUACGUCGUGCUCGAAUUCGACAAGAACGAAGUGUUGAUCGACGCGCUCGGAGGAGAUCUCAUGAAACCGGAGUGGAACUACAAGGCGGACUUCGAUGUGUCGCGAACGUCUACGAUAUCGGUAUCGGCAUACCUGCGAACGGCGCAGUGCGUGCCGGGUGGGCAGGGUGAUAUGGGCAAUGAUUUGCUCAUGGCCCGCGUAGAGCUGACGCCGGCGUUGGACGGACACCGCGCCUCCGAUCAAUGGUACAACGCGACUGCGGGCACGGGCGCGUUUCAUCUGAAAGUCGACUACAAGCCGGCUCGGCACGAGUCGCUGACAAUCGAGCAUUUUGACCUGCUGAAGGUGAUCGGCAAGGGCAGCUUCGGCAAGGUGAUGCAGGUCCGGAAGAAGGACACGCAGCGGAUAUACGCGCUCAAGACCAUCCGCAAGGCGAACAUUGCGCAGCGGCCGGGCGAGAUCACGCACAUCCUGGCGGAGCGCACCGUGCUCGCGUUGGUGAACAAUCCAUUUAUCGUGCCGCUAAAGUUCUCCUUCCAGUCCCCCGAUAAGCUAUACCUCGUCAUGUCAUUCGUCAAUGGGGGCGAACUCUUCUAUCAUUUGCAGCGCGAAGGCAAAUUCGACGAGAAUCGCAGCCGAUUCUACGCCGCCGAGCUACUUUGCGCUCUGGAACACUUGCACGGAUUUAACGUCGUGUACCGGGACUUGAAGCCAGAAAACAUUUUGCUCGACUACACGGGGCAUAUUGCCUUGUGCGAUUUCGGUCUUUGCAAGCUUAACAUGUCCGAGACCGAGAAAACGAACACGUUCUGUGGAACUCCGGAGUACAUUGCGCCCGAACUCCUUGAAAGUCAAGGUUAUACCAAGACGGUCGACUGGUGGACACUUGGUGUGCUCCUAUACGAGAUGAUGACCGGAUUGCCGCCCUUCUAUGACGAGAAUGUGAACGUGAUGUACCAGCGGAUCCUCUCCGAUCCGCUCGUAUUCCCGCCCGACAUGUCCCCAGAUGCGCGGAACGUUGUCACUGGGCUCCUGCAGCGCAAUCCAGAUAAGCGUCUUGGCGCAAACGGUGCUGAAGACAUCAAGCGCCACCCCUUCUUUUCAAAACACGUCGACUGGAACCGCCUGAUAGCGAAGAAGAUCCAGCCGCCGUUCAAGCCCAGCGUGGAAUCCGUGCUUGACACUGCGAACUUUGACUCCGAGUUCACCGGAGAGCAGGCACAGGACUCACACGUUGACGCCACGCCCCUUUCCGAGACGGUGCAGGAUCAGUUCCGCGGAUUCACCUACAACCCCGGAAAUGAGUACCUCAGCGAGAGCGUCAGCUAUCCUAGCGUGAUGGGCUGAGUGGGCGGGCCGUAGAUGUCGCAAUGACCCCUGUACAUUCUGCCUCUGCUGUCCUUGCGUCCGUGCGUAGAGUAGAGCUAUCUGACGUGCUCUGUCGCUGCCUUUGUUUGUCCCCGGUCUCCUGCUCUGGUGUGUCCCAGUCGUCUGCCUCCUGUGUUGAUCGUCCUGUUGUCGUGGAUCUGCCGUGCAUGAUCCCUCUUGUCCUGUCAGCCGAUGCUUGCUUAUUUAUGAUUGCCCACUCUGUGUCCUGGAUCCGUACGUCGCAGCAUGGACUAGUUCUGCAAAGUGUAGCCUUGGUCGUUGUCGAAAUACCGUUGUAUCAAUCUGCCUUG